AUGCCGAGCGUUGGUGUGAAGCUCUACAGUGUCUUCUUCAAAUUUCUAUUAAAACACCGUUUACAAAACCGGAUUCAAUCUUCCGUUGACGAUUCUUCAUCGGAUCCAUUCGGUGUUACAACCCGACCCGAAGAAUCCGUCGCUUCUCCGAAUCCUUUAUGCACCGACGGAGUCGCAACCAAAGAUAUUCAUAUCGAUCCGUUAACUUCUUUGACCAUACGGAUUUUCGUUCCUGAAUCAGCUCUUAACGCCGCUCGAAUCUACUACUGCCUCCGGUAA